CAACCUCCUUGAAUUACUAUGAUUAUUCUAUCCACCUCUCUCCCUCUAUCUUUCUUCUUCCUCUACCCUAGACGGUAUAAAUUCUUCGAGGGCGAUCGAUUUCGUUUGGAUUUUGGUCGAACUUGUCUUGUCUUCUGUCGGAGCCGAUGAACACGUCGCAGUUCAUGGACAAACAGAUCCUGGGGUUGUCAGGAUCGCAGAAAGGCGGCGGCGAGCUCUUGGAUCUGCUGAAGCCCCAAGAGGAGCACCCGAUCAACGGCAAGAAGGACGAGAUCCUUCCCAGCUACGACUUUCAGCCCAUCCUAACCCGAGGAUCCUCGCCGCCCACCGCCUCCGCCCACCCCCUCUCUAAGCCCUUCUUGGGCGCCGUCGACUCCAAGAUGGCCUCCUCCAAUCUCAAAAAUGCAGGUAUUUUAGAGCCAUAUGAAUUGGCAAAAGCUAGUCAUGAGAAAGAGAAGAGUGCAUAUGAUGCAGCUACAGUUGCUGAGGUUGACCGUACAGUGAAGAAAUAUGCUGAUAAUCUCCUACAUGCUUUGGAAGGUGUUAGUUCAAGGCUGACAGAGCUGGAGAGUCGGGCUCACCAACUUGAAAGCUCCGUAGAUGGAUUGAAGAUGAUGAUUGGGAACAAUAAUGGGACCACUGAUGGAAAAUUGAGGCAAUUGGAGAAUGUUCUUAGAGAGGUACAAACUGGUGUCCAAGUUCUACGUGACAAACAAGAAAUUGUGGAGGCUCAGCUGCAGCUUGCAAAGCUACAGGCUUCUAAGGGAGACAACCAACCACCAGAGAUUUCAAACACGGGACAGUCGGACGCUCUGCCGCAACAGGUUGCUCCACCACAGCAGCCCAUCCAACAGCCGCAUCAACAUGCAGUUCCUCCACCACAGCAGCCCAUCCAACAGCCGCAUCAACAUGCAGUUCCUCCAUCACAGCCGACCAUGCUUCCUGCUCCAAAUGCUCCUCCACCACCCCCACCACAACAAAAUCCAACUGCUCAAUUUCCUGGUCAGUUACCUCAGUCCCAGAUACCUUCUGUCCCAUCUUUACCGCGCGAGCCCUACUUCCCCUCACCUGCUCAGCAGUCCGAGGUCCCACAUCAACAGUACCAAGUCCCAGUUCAGCAGACACAGCCGCCGCCACCGUACCAACCUUCAACUCAGCUUCCACAAUAUUCUCAGCUUCCCCAAGCCCCACAACCUGUGAACCCCUCACCCCAACUUCAACCACCAUUACCUCAACACCCAGAAGAAUCCGCCGCAUACAUGCCACCACCUCAGACCUAUCCCGCGAGCCUCCGCCAACCUCCCCCGUUUACUCAGCCUCCAAGCGGACCACCUCCCAACCAGUACUACGGGCCCAACCCGACUGUGUAUGAACCACCUACAAGCAGACCGGGCUCAGGGCAGCUGCCCUUUUCUGCGGGAUAUGGCCCACCUAGUUUCCCUGAUUCAUAUGGAUCCCCUUCCCAUCCUAGCGGUUCUGCAAUGAAACCUUCGCCCUUUGCUUCUCCACCAACCUCAUCUGGUGGAAGCAGCAGCUACCCACGACUUCCGACAGCCCAGAUAUUACCGCAGGCGGUGCCUACUGGGUCUAGCUCUGGUAGUUCCUCAGGGAAGAAUAGAUUGCCGAUUGAUGAUGUGGUGGAGAAAGUUGCGACAAUGGGGUUCUCGAGAGAUCAAGUCAGGGCAACGGUGAGGAAGUUGACGGAGAACGGGCAGUCGGUUGAUCUGAAUGUGGUGCUGGAUAAGCUGAUGAAUGAUGGGGAGAUCCAGCCACAGAAAGGUUGGUUCGGACGCUGAUCAUCACGUGGGCUUCUUGAUAGCUGCUGCGUACAUAACACUUUCAUAAACCCUUCUUUUUUUCCUUCUCUUUUCGGACUAAGUUGUGCCAAACACUCGGACAGAGCAGAUUAUGCAGUUUGCUGUGAAAGAGUGCGUACGAAACUCCGGUGUUUUUAUCAGUUAUUGGUCUUUUGAUUGAAUAAUUGCUCGAAUUUGUCUUAAAAGGUGAUUUCCCGGAUUUGAAUUAAACAGAUCCUGUUGUCGUUCAUUAAUUUUAGCGCUUUGCGUGAACCGCCAAGGAUAUCAUGUGUCUUGAA